GCGGUACCUUGGCGGUAGAGGUGGAGAUGGAUGCAGCGGCGAGGGAACCCAGCUUCCUUUUUUAAGAAUCAGUGUGAGCAACGGAGCAGAGGCACGCUAUUUUAGGGAGACUGUCGCACUCCACCUCCCCCGGGUAGGUAGCGUCUGGGAUGUGUGCACCCUGUUCGUAGUCCCCCAUGGAGAGACGCUGGCUGCUGCAGCCGGCAGUAACCCGACCCUGCCGGCGCAGGGACUGAAGAGACGCCGGGGAGAGCAGCGAGGGGUGAACAAAAGCCCUCGGCGUGGGGGCCGGAGCCCAGACCUGGGGGACUCCAACAAAGGACGAGACUCAGCUAUGGUGGACCCGGUGCCAGAAGAGGAGAAAGAGGGAGCGGGGCCCGGUGGCUCAGAAGGGGAUGAGGCCACAGCGUCCGUGCCCCCCGAUGCCCCGGGAGCCCAACAGCCUGCAGCCUCCUCGGCCUCCGCCUCCGCGGCGGCGCCCCACAAGGCCGAAGUCCCCUGCGGGGCAGAAGGUGGGCGUCGGGAACAGUCCCCGCUGCUGCACCUCGAUCUCUUCAACUUCGCCUGCCCCGAGGCAGAGGGCAGCCGCUACGUCCUGACCAGCCCCCGCUCGCUGGAGGCCUGUGCCCGCUGUGCGGUCAAGCCAGUGGAGCUGCUGCCCCGGGCCCUGGCCGACCUGGUGCGCGAGGCCCCGGGCCGAUCCAUGCGAGUGGCCACUGGUCUGUACGAGGCCUACGAGAAGGAGCGGCUGGCCAAACUGCAGCAGUGCCGUGCGGAGCGCGAGCGCAUCAUGCGCGAGGAGAAGCGGCGCCUGUUCACGCCCAAGGGCCCGGUGGCGGCCCCGGCCUCCGCCUCGGCCUCGGCCUCGGCGCUGAGCGCGGGCAGCAGCAGCAGUUGCAGCAGCAGCAGCCUCCCGGCCUCGCCCGCAUCCAGGGUUGCUCGAAGGACUUCUCCCAGUCCCCCAGCCAGGACCCGACCUCCGACCACGGGUUCUCGGACAGGUAGGAAGAGCCACUCGCUGGACUCGCUGUCCCGCCGGCGGGACGGUGCCCUGAGCUCCGAGUCCGGUGCCUCGUCAUCGUCCUACAGCGGGGAGAGCCUUCGGGAGCUUCGCUGGCCACCUCGAGCUUCAGCCAGGAACAGCUGCCCUGCGGGCUCUGCGUCGUCUGCACCCAACCCGCUGGGCCGCCCUUCGGCCCUCGAUCUGGUCCCCCUCACUGCCCGCAGCUUCAGCCUCGGCGACCUGAGCCACUCGCCGCAGACGGCCCAGCAUGUGGAGCGCAUCGUGCGCCAAGUGCGCGCCGAGCGAGGCCUGCGCGGGGUACCCGAGCGCGACCGCAAGAUCGCCGCCCUCAUGCUGGCCCGACACCAGGAGGAGCGCCUGUUGCUGGAGCAGCGCGCCGCGGCCCACGGCCAGUGGGAGCAACAGCGCUUGCGCGCCGAGCAGCGGCGGGAGCGCGAGGAACGCGAGAAGCAGCGCGCGCUCGAGCAGGGCCGGCGAGCCUGGGCCGCGCAGGUGGAGGAGCGCCGGGGCCGCCGGGGCCGGGAGGAACGUGAGGCCGCGCGGAGGCGGCAGCAGCAGUGUGAGCGCAGCGAGGAGCGGCGGCGGGAGCUGGCGGAGCGCCAGGGCCUGCUGCGGCGCGAGAGGGCGGAACGCGCGGCGCGCGACGACCGGCUGCGCAAGCUGCAGCAGGAGCAGAACCUGAAGCAGCGGGAGGAGGGCCUGCAGGAAGGGCGGGAGCGCGCAGAGCUGGUCCGCCGGGAGCGCGCCCAGCGCGCGGCGCGGGCCAAACAGCGGCAAGAGGGUCAGCUGCAACGGGAGAAGCGCGAGCUGAGCCGGGCCGAGCGGGCGCGCCACGAGGCGCUGCUUCGAGGCCGGGUGCGGCAGCAGCACGAGGAGCGGGAGGGCCUGCGGAGCUCCCUGGAGGCCAGCUUGGGCCGCGCGCAGGAGAACUACGAGCAGUUGCUGGAGCAGCGCGCCCGGGAGCUUCGGGAGCGAGCCCGGAAGGAGGAGCUGCAGGGUCGGCGUGCCAAGGAAGCGGCCGAACGCAAAGAGCGGGAGCAUCAGGCGCACUUGGAGGCCCUGGCGCGGGCGGGGGAGCGGCGGCUGCAGCACGCGGCGCAGGUGGCGGAAGAGGCGGUGCAGCAGAAAGCCCGGCGCGUGGUUCAGACUCGCCUGGAGAAGGAGAGGACCCAGCGCGCCAACAAGGAGAAGGUGGAGCGGGAUGAAGACUGCCGCCGCCGGGAGCUGCUGCAGGCCAUUGGGCGCAAACUGGAGCGCAGCGAGCAGCUCUCGCGAGAAAGGCGAAGCGCGCUGGAGAGCGCUCGCUCCACGGCCCGGGCCUCCUUCCACGUGCGGGAGAAGGUGCGGGAGGAGACCAACACGCGCUCUUUUGAUCGCAUGGUGCGAGAGGCCCAGCUACAUGCCAGCCUGGACCGCAAAUGACAGCCGCCCUGUGCAGGCCAUACUGCCUUAUACAGCCAGGUGGGGCCUCCCUUAGCCACGUUGACCAAACUCCAGGCAUCUCCUGUCCAGGUGCCACACCGUGAGCUCCCCGGACUAAUGAACCGUGAGACAGUGAGAAACCAGACGUGGUACGUUUCCGUCUGCCACCGUUGCUUUACAGACCUAACUUCGUUUGGAAGUGACAUGGCACAAUUUACCCACAUCACCUUUGUCUUUGGAUCGGAAUAGAAAACAGCUGGGGAGGGGGAGGGUCCUCCUAGGAGAGAGCACAGAGGUGAAUGUCAGGGUUUUCUGCCACAGCUGCCUUGGGCAUCUUUCUGACAUUUGUGUCCAAGAUGACUUUCAGUUGCAGCAGCCGAGGGGAUAUCGCCCAGACUCACCUCUGUCUUCCAAAAAUACAAGUUGCACAGAACUUCAAGUCUCCCAAGAAAGCACAGCUCUUCAAAGAUGUUAGUUCAUGCACAAAUGACCACAAAAGCUAUUAGUUUUGAGCGCGGGACUGUUUAUUAAUCGGACACCUGAACACAUUCUCCUGUUCCCAUAAUUUUUUUUCUCAGCUGAGUCCCUAGGCUUUCUAGUUAGACAAUCAUCUGCAGAUAAUAAUCAUUUACUCUCCCACGUGGCAUAGGAGAUGGGUUGGAUUGGUGAUGCUGGAGGAGGCGGUGGUUGCCCCAGGCAGCAGUGUUCUAGCCCAGGAGGCUUCCCUGGAUGGUGACGUGUUUCAGUGGAGGCAGGGUCUGAUGUCCACUUCCCUGUGUGGGGCCAGCUCCUACAGACAGAAGCUAUUGCCUUACAAAGCAGAGCUACCUUCUGUGCCUGCCCAGGCCACUCUUGCCGAAAGCUCCAGCCUUGAAGGAAGUCUCAAGGGUGAAUCUUGCAGAGUCUGGAGUGUGUAGGAGUCCCUCUGUGAAUGAGUCAGUUCAGUGCCCUGAGGACAGUUUGGGAUCCUUGGCUACUUAGCUGUAGUGGCUGAAGGGCUAGAACUGCCUCUGUGUAGAGUUGUGCUGUUGUUGGUAGGGUAUCACUCUUCCCUCGUGGGGGG